AUGACAUUUUAUUGGGGAAAGACGGUGGAGAUCCUCUUCGUCGGCUGGCCUGGUCGGAGCUUUUUCUCUUACACCGUUGCUUUAAUCUUUGUUUUUCUUCUCGCCUUCACCGUGGAAUGGCUCUCACACACUAAAUUCACCACUCUCGUCGUUGGCAACCUCACUGCCGGCCUGGUUCAGACCAUCCUAUACGGUGUUCGGGUGGGAUUGGCUUUCAUUGUCAUGCUGGCCGUCAUGUCAUAUAAUGUUGGAGUUUUGCUAGCGGCAGUAACUGGAUAUUCAAUGGGGUUCUUGGUUUAUGGGAGUGGAGUAUUUAGUAGAUCGAAAGUUGAUCAAAAUUUAAAUUUAGAUUUGUCUGAUCUUCCACCACUUAAUUGUUAG